CGGCGUCGUACACGGACAGCUCAGACGACGAGACAUCUCCUCGGGACAAACAACAGAAAAACUCCAAAGGAAAUGGAGAUUUCUGCAUCAAAAACAUCAAACAGGCCGACUUCGGCCGCAGGGAGAUCGAGAUUGCUGAACAAGAGAUGCCCGCUCUGAUGGCUCUGAGGAAGAGGGCUCAGGGGGAGAAACCCCUCGCCGGUGCCAAGGUGGUGGGCUGCACUCACAUCACCGCUCAGACCGCUGUGCUGAUGGAGACCCUGGCGGCUCUGGGGGCGCAGUGCAGGUGGGCAGCGUGUAACAUCUACUCCACCCAGAACGAAGUGGCAGCGGCUCUGGCAGAAGGAGGCUUCAAUGUGUUUGCGUGGAAGGGUGAGUCAGAGGACGACUUCUGGUGGUGCAUCGAUCGCUGUGUCAACGUGGAGGGCUGGCAGCCCAACAUGAUCCUGGAUGACGGUGGAGACCUGACUCACUGGAUUUACAAAAAAUACCCCAACAUGUUCAAAAAGAUCAAGGGCAUCGUAGAGGAGAGCGUCACAGGUGUCCACAGGUUGUAUCAACUCUCCAAAGCAGGGAAGUUGUGUGUUCCAGCCAUGAACGUCAACGACUCCGUCACCAAACAGAAGUUCGACAACCUUUACUGCUGCAGAGAGUCCAUCUUAGACGGCUUGAAGAGGACCACUGACGUCAUGUUUGGGGGCAARCAGGUGGUGGUGUGUGGGUACGGAGAGGUCGGGAAAGGCUGCUGCGCCGCCCUCAAAGCCAUGGGCUCCAUCGUCUACGUCACAGAGAUCGACCCCAUCUGUGCCUUGCAGGCCUGCAUGGACGGCUUCAGGCUGGUGAAACUCAACGAGGUCAUCAGACAAGUGGACAUCGUCAUCACCUGCACCGGUAACAAGAACGUGGUGGUGAGGGAACACCUGGACCGCAUGAAGAACAGCUGCAUCGUCUGCAACAUGGGACACUCCAACACAGAGAUCGACGUGGCAAGCCUGAGGACUCCUGAGCUAACCUGGGAGAGGGUGCGCUCACAGGUGGACCACGUCAUCUGGCCCGACGGCAAGAGGAUAGUCCUGCUGGCGGAGGGCCGUCUGCUGAACCUCAGCUGCUCCACUGUGCCCACGUUUGUGCUUUCUAUUACCGCCACGACCCAGGCUCUGGCUCUGAUAGAACUCUACAACGCCCCCGAGGGACGCUACAAGCAGGAUGUUUAUCUACUGCCCAAAAAGAUGG